AUGAUAAUGUCAACUGAUCAACUGAUACCCAUAUCAGAUUCUAAUAAUGCUUUAAAAACUCUCCCACAACAAAAUUUAGAUGGUACAAACCUACCGGAUCCACCAAGCCAACAAGCAAUAGAACUACAAGAGAAUAAACAUCCUAAUAAUAACAAUGAUGAUGAUAAUGAUGAUACUGUGAUUGGAAAAGAUUUAAAUGAAGAAGAGAUGGACAAAGAAACAGAUGCUGCAUCAUACACUAAUCAACAUGAUGACACGCCACUUAUACGAAGACCUUUAAACACAUCCACAGAAGAACUAAUAAUAAAUCAUAGUACAAACAACGAUGAUCCCAUAUCGAAAACUAAUAAUGAUAAUGAAACUAAUGAGAACAACCUACAGAGUAUACAUUCGGAUGUAAAUUCCAAUAUAUUAGAAAUAGAUGAACUCCCUAAUGAGUUAACAUUACCAACAUUGGAUGAUGAUUUAGAACAGAAAACUGAUGAUAAAACUAAUACUGAUAUACCAUCCGAUCAGGAAUUAAAUAUUUCCACCGACAUUAUGCAUAAAGAGGAAAGUUCUACUAUUCCCACUGACUCAGCUGAACUUACCUCUAAUGAGCUAUCAACUAACGUGCCUGAUAAUCUUCCGUCUGAAAGACCCACUCAACAACAAUCUGAAAUAUUAAACAAACUUCCAUCUGAGAUAUCAAACAAAUUGCCGUCUGAAAUAUCUACUCUUUCAAAUACCAAUUUACAAAACAUAAAGAAUUCAAAUGAUAAUUCUUCUGACCCUGAAAAAUUCGAAAUACAAACAUCAUUAGAACAAGAAAAACAAACUAACAGUAAUAAAACUACCAAUAAUUUAUCAGAAAGUAUUAAUGAGACUAUCGAAAUAAUAUCAAAUGAUUCAACAACUACUGAUUCUGGAAUAUCGUAUAAAGGCGGUUCUGAACUCACUCAUAAAGAUUCAGGAGAUUCUCAAGAGAAGAUAGAUUUGCAAAAAUUGGAACAAAACUCUCCAAAAACGAUUAUUGAACUUCCAAAAGACUUAGAUGCUUUCCCAGAGAAUAUUGAUGAAAUUUCAAGUAAAAUAGAAAAUUUAUCGGAAGAAUUGGGAGAAGAAAUUGAAGAAAAUAUGGAUACAAUACCAAAAGAAUUAAAAAUUUCAAUAAACGAAAUUUCAAAACAGCAAGGGUCAAAGAAAGAUACUUCAAUUAAAGAAGACCCUCCAUUUAGACUCACUUCUACUGAUGAUUCCAAACAUAUUUUAAAUGAUAGUACCAAAUUGAAGAACAAUUAUCAAGACUCUAACAGCAGUAAUAAUGAAAAAAAUAGUAGUGAUGAUGAUACAAAUAAAAGUUCUGGGAUUGCAAACGAAGAUAGUGAUACAGAUGAUGAAAAAGAUGCAAUCGAUGCAGAAGUGUUUUCAAAGUUGUUAGACUUCGAAGCAGAAAUCGAUCCAGACGAAUUAUUUUCUCCAAACGAAUUAUUACCUCCUACAUUAAGCACAACUAUUAUUGAUAUGGAUACUAGUGCUAAAAGCCCUACGAAUGAUUCAUCAUCAAAUAUAUCGGAUAAAGAUUCUAAAAAAAAUGAUAUUCCCGAAUUGCCAACACUUGAAGAUGAAGAAGAACUUUUUGAUAAUUUACCCCUAUUAUCCAAUAAUUCUUCUAAUAAAUCAAAUGAUAUAUCUCAAAGAUCUUCAUCUAAUUUUAAUGAGAAGCUAACUGAACCAAAUAAGGAUCUUCCAAAUGAUGAACCCUCGAUACUAUCAUUGAAAAAUGAAGAAGAUCAUGAUUCAAAAAAUGAAGAACAUCAAAAACAAUUAGAUCAACAUACACCGGCAUUUAUAAUACAUGAAAAGAAUAAUUUGCUAUAUCCUAGCAGAAAAAAUUCUCUUACACCUGUAACAUUAUAUGGAAAAUAUGAUUCUCCAUCUUCUAGAUUCCAAAAUAAAAUUCUCAAACCAAACACUAUCAGUAAUAUUCAAACAGAUAAAAGUGGCGUUAAAAAUAAUGAUCAGCCAGUUAAUAACGCAAAUUCUCAAUCCACUCUUCCAACAAAUCCCGAUAAUAACCAACUAAAUCCGAAAGAUUUAACAAAUUUACUUUAUAACGGUGCCCAGAGGUUAUCUGAUGAAUCAAAAAUUUCAGCUUAUGCUAGAUUAGAUUUCCAAAGCUUCACAUUUUAUGUUCAAACUUUACAUGUAAUUCUUGGUCGCAGAUCUGAAAAUGAUUUCUCUCAUAAAGUUGAUGUUAAUUUGGGUCCUUCAAAAUCAAUUUCGAGAAGACAUGCUCAGAUAUUCUAUAAUUUCGGUACUGGAAGAUAUGAACUCUCUGUGCUUGGUAGAAAUGGGGUUUUUAUUAACGAACAAUUUGUCGAGAAAGGUCAUACUGUUCCAUUAAAGCAUAAAACUAAAAUCCAAAUUGGUGAGAUUCCGUUUCAAUUUGUAUUACCAGAACAAGAAAGAGAUCCAGAGGAUGAAGAAGAUAUUAAGAGCUCACCAGCUAUCCCAGACAUGAAUGCCUUAGAGAUUGACGAUGAAGAUAAACACUUAAUCGGUAAUGGUCAUGAUGAUAGUAAUACAUCACUUCCUGAUUUAAACGAUAAUGAAUUUAUGCCAUUAGACGAUGAUAUGGAUCUAGAUGAUAAGCCUCUAAUUCAGAUAAAACAAUCAAAGAUUUCGUCCUCAAGUAUCAGUACGACUAGCACCUCAAAACCACAAACAUUAAUGAAGACUACUUCUGUUAAAACAUCACCUGCGAAGAAAAAGAAAAUACAAAUUAAAAAAGAACCACCUAAAGAAAAGAAACCUGCACGCGAACCAAAGAAAGUUUAUUCAAUAAAUGAAAUUCCUCCAGAAUACCGUAACAAACCACUCAUUUCUUACUCUGUUUUAUUAACAACCUGCAUCAGAAAGUAUGCCACACCCAAAGGUAUGUCUUUAUCUGAAAUUUACAACGCUAUUAGGGAAACAUAUCCAUAUUAUAAAUAUUGUAGGGAUGGCUGGCAAUCAUCAGUUAGACAUAAUUUAUCUCUUAAUAAAUCGUUCCGUAAAGUAUCCAAAGGUGGGAAGGGUUGGUUGUGGGGCUUAGAUGAAGAUUAUAUUACAGAACGUGAUAGGCAAAAGAAGGUGCAAGCUGAAACUGCUGCAAAUAAGGCAAAAGCUUCACAGAUGAAAGUUAAACAACAACAGAAAAAAGUUAAAAAAUCUGUUAAUUUAAAUCCUAUUAAACAACCAAUCACUCCCUCCUACAAUGCAAAUAAUAAACGACAAACUAUUUCUCAAACUUUAGCAGCAAACCGCGCAGCUACCAAUAAUAAUAAAGCUAAUAAAGCUAACGACCAACGGAGAACGAUGAAAUAUUUACAAGAACAAUUAAUAAUUUUGACCAGAGACCGGAAAGGCUUACAAAAAGCAACAAUCACCGAUAUUUUAACCCAAGCACUUGCUAUGACAAUCAAUCAGGUUACAAAAGCUGCCAAAUCAAAAGGUAUAUCUGGCAACCCACUAACUGCUUUAAUGGACAAGAAUCCUCAACAUCUGAAUUUAAUACUUGCUGCUGCUGUAAAUGCAGCAACUGUUAAAGUUACGAAAGGUAAGGUAAAGAGUUUGGUUGAUUUGUCAACAGUUACAUUACCAACCGUUGUUCCUGGUGCCAAUUCUGAUACUUCCUCAACAAGGCCUACUCUUACUCAGACUAUAACAAGGAAAAACCCCUCAGACAAUUCUUUUGACCCAACCUCAUUAUCCAGAUUUUUCCAACCCAGACAAAAUUCUUCAAAUACUAACAAUUCAACCCCUAAGAUCACUGUUCAAUCAAUGAGUAAGAACAGUCUACCACAAAAGCGUACUAGAGAUGACAGUGAUAAUGAGGAAGGUGAUGAUGAUGAAGAAGAAGAUUCUAGCUCUGAUUCUAGCUCAAAUGACAGUGAUAGUGGUAGUAACAGCGAUAGUGAUAUAGAUAGUGGAAGUGAUAAUGAUACAGGUAGUUCGGAAGAUAGCGACGAUGGCAGUGGUUCUGAUAACGAAAGUAUUAACUCUAGUGGAUCUGAUUCUGGCGAUUCUAGUGAUGAGGAAAGCGGUAGUAGCUCAGGCACUGAUAAUGAUUCAGAUGAUAGUGACGCUGGUAGUGACAGAGAUAGCGACGAUGAAUCUAGACAGCAUAAUGAAUACAGUUCCAGCAAGGAUAAAAUCCAAGGAGAUGCACACAUCGUCGUUGAUGAUGCUAAUAAUAAUGAUAUAACUAAUACUAAGAGUGAUGAGCUUUUGAACGAUAGAUCUGGCUCGGAAGAAAAAGAAACUCAUAGUACAGGCUUCAGUCUUUCACCUCCUGCUUUUAAGUCUACUGAGCACAAGCAUUCAAAUUCUGAAAAUGAUUCAGAAGAAAGAACACUACAGUCGGCUGAUAAUAAGCACGAUUCUGAGCUAGAAGAAAAAAAAGAAUUAGAGGUAUCAUACAAUGAUUCUUUGAAUAAGAGUCAUUCUCAGUCGCCUCCUAUCGACCAUACGGAUAUAGAUGCCAUAUCUUCCUUAGAUAAUGAAUUACAAAACAGUGAGGCAUUACACGAGCUUCAAUCAGCUAAUCCUGAUAUUGCAUCUGGUGACAUUGAAUUAUCUCCAUUGGACGGAACGCUAGAGCAUGCUUCCCAAUAA